AUGCGCAUAGCAGCAAAUCGCAAUGCCUAUAUCAUCGACUAUAAGCAGUAUACAUAUCGUGUCCAUGUUCUUAGCGACAGUCAACCCUUCAUUUUGUUUCCGCUUGAGGCGCCUGUGAGACAUGGGCUGCCUCAGUAUAACAUUUUACGUACCACUAGGUAUUUUAACUAUGUGGUUGCCCUUGUUGUCUACAAACAGCUGAAGAAAGCAAUGCAUAAGACACAGACGCUAGAAUUCCCACCUGCCGUGAAGCCUAAAGUAAAGGAUAAGUGUGAAGAAGCGCGGAAUCUCCUGGAAGAGUUUGCCAAUCUCUUGAAGAUAUAUGAUUACCAAGUCGAUCCGGACAACUGUUACGAGCAUCUGGAGACCUUGACAACCAACCGUUCGACCACGUAUAGUAGCGAUGAGGCGCCUCCUAGGAAACCCGGUUUUCUGUCACUUAUGCCUAAGUCCUCAGACAAGGCUUCGGAUACAGAAUCAGACAAUCACUCGUCCUCAACCAACCCGCCUUCCAAGGAAUAA